AUGGAGAAGAGUAAAGCUAGUUUGGAAGAAAUGUGUGCACGGCUGGUGUUAGAAGAUGAGGAGGGAGAGGAAAUUCUGGUGGGAGAAGAAGAAGUAGUAAAAACUAAGGAAUCAUUCAUUUUGGUGGGCCGAUUUCUAACAGAUAAAAAUAUUAAUUUUCCGGCGAUGCAGCAUGUUUUGUCAUCAUUAUGGCGACCCAGAGAGGGGGUGGAAAUACAUGAUUUGGGGAUUGGAAGGUAUUCAUUUGUCUUUUAUCACAUAUUGGAGUUACAGAAAGUCAUUGAUGGGGCACCAUGGAAUUUUGAGCAAAGCUUGCUAGUGUUUCACAAGUUGGAAACAGACGACCCUAAUGUGGUUGCAUUAGAUAGAAUGGAUAUAUGGGUACAAGUUUAUGAUAUUCCAUUACGUAUGCUGACUGAGAAAAUUGUGCAGUCAAUAGGGAACUUAGUGGGCACAUUUGUUAAGAUGGAUCCAACAACUUUGAAUGGCUUGUGGAAACAGUAUAUUAGAAUUCGUGUAACAAUGGAUAUUAAGAAACCAUUGAAGCGCCGAAUGAAAUUAAAACGAGAAGGUGGGAGUUCCAGUUGGAUCAAUUAUAAAUAUGAACGUUUAAGCAUGUUUUGUUUUGUAUGUGGCCGAUUAGGUCAUUCGGAUAGAGACUGUGAGAUAGUUUAUGCGAAUCCGGAAAAGAUGGUGGAGUGGGCUUAUGGGGUGUGGCUUCGAGCUCCCACCAAAAAUACUAGAAUGCAGAAAAUGGGAUCGAAAUGGUUAAGAAACGGGCCUGAUGGUGUGCGGUCAUGGCAAGUCGGUAACAAUCAUGGAGGCGGUGUUGAUGUUGCAGUUCGAUUCAUGGAAACUGGGGGUGUGGUUAGCGAAAUCCCAAGGGUUUGUUGA